GUUCUCGGUGACGCGCAGUUCAAACAUAUGUCGAAACUCAUGUGUGCUGGUUCUAAAAUCACCAAGAAAUGUCCUAGCAAACAAGAAGCACUUGGGAAAGAAAAUAUUUUGGAAAAGUCGUAAUUUCAAUGGGUGUAGCAAAAAAUAAAUCGCUGCUAAAAGAAUUUGAUUUGGGGCAUGUGAAAUUGAGUGCAAGUGCGUAUUAAAAUUAAAAGGUAUUAGUCCUACUUUGCUCGAGUCGUUCUAUUUUUAGAUCUACGCAUAUACCGUGAGUAUGAGUUGAGCUCUGCAACGAAUCUCUGCCUGAGCUCAGUUUCUUUCAUGCCGUUACGAUUGAGCCUGACUUUUUGUCAGAUUGAAAGAAAGAGAUUCGGGACUGAGUGAUAAUGCUCUUGCGGAAAUAAAUGUGGCGCAUAAUGAGUGUGAGCGGGAUAAAAAAACUCUGAGUUUUCAUGAGCGAUUUCGCCACUGUUUUGAGUGUGUUGGGUUCAAUUUCGCUGACGGACAACGGAAAUCAUUGGUCGAUGGAAUUUCACUCGUUGUCACUUUGAGGCUUUAGCGAGUUAUACGAUGCGUUGUGACAGUUUUUUCUGGAGACGAAGAUGCUUGUUCGUGGUGUUGUUGCUUGUUUCGACGAUCGUAUUAAUCGUCGGUUCAAAAUAUUACGCUCAACCAAUAAAAAUGCUCGACGACUACGAGGCUGGCUUUUCGAAUGAACGAUACCACGAAGUUUUGCAACGAUGGUACAAUUUUUCUGGAGCCUCCGACGAAUGGUACAACAACAAAAGUAUCUCAAUGUUCGACGAGGAACUGCUAAUGGUAAUUCGUCACAAAUGGAUCGUUAAUAAUGCAACGUUAAGCGAUUCUUACAACCUUAAAAAUCCGGAUAUACUGGAUCCGUCAAUGGGUCAAGCUCGAGAAAUUAUGAAAGCUUUGGACAAUAAAAAUCGUGGAUUUUUCAUUGAAUGUGGUGCUUACGAUGGUGAAACGAGAAGCAACACACUUGUCCUCGAGAGGUUUCUCGGAUGGUCUGGUAUCUUGAUCGAGGCGGAUCCAAUCAACUUUUCUAUGAUGCUUGACAAAAAACGAAAAGCGUACCUGUCGCCCACGUGUCUCAGCAUCAAGCCUUACCCAAUGAAGGCUUCUUUCUUGAUGGCACGUAACAUCGGUCGGAUCCAUGAGCACGAUGAAUCUCAAACUGAAAAAUUGCCUAAUACAAUGGAUGUAGCUCACAGUGGAAAGCACAUCACGGUUCAAUGCUUUCCUCUUGUUUCGUAUGUGGCUGCCCUCGGUAUCGAAACCGUCGAUUACUUGAGUCUCGAUAUCGAAGGCAACGAGAUGGAAGUUCUAGAAACCAUACCGUUUGAUCGAAUCGACAUACGGACGCUAUCUGUUGAACAUAUCCAUGGAAGAGUGGGACGAAAACAGAUGAUUGAAUUCAUGGAAAAACGGGGCUACUAUGUAUACAGUUUCGUUGAACGCGAUGACAAUCUCGCGAACGAUAUUAUUUUCGUGAAAAAACAAUCUUGACGAACAUUUUAAAUGUAAAUUUAUAGAGUUGCUUUUUGCUGGCAUGAAAGGACGUUCCAGAAUUUUUGUCCGGAAACUUUUUCCGACGACGUAUUUUCAUUUUUUCCCUGUCAAUAAAAUUGAACGAAUAACUUAUUUAUUCAAUCAGUCUUAACGGUCAGCAGUCGUUGUAAUUAAUUUUUGAUCACUAUAUUUCUGUCGUUGAAUGAAGAAAUACAUGUAAUUUAUUCAGUAAACAUUCAAUGCGUUGAAAGCAAACAAUUGAAAUUGACGAUUUGAACGUUUAGGCGUCCACUAAGCAGUGAGAACUGAUAAGAAAUAUUGUAGAGUACAAAAAACUAAAAGAUGUAACGAAGAUAGAAAAUAUCCGAAUUGAUGCAUUCCAUGAAAAUUCAAAGUCCAAUGAUCACAAAAUUGAGUAAACAGUGAGUGCAAAUAAUAUUUAUAAUUUGCGGUACCUCGUUCCUAAUCUUUGAGAAACCACACUCUAAUAAAGUAAUAAAAAACAUUUGAUAGAUUUACUAAUGUUUUGAAUGUUCAACAGAAAAUCAGAGAGAAUUAUUUCGUUUUGAGAAGUAAUAUGUAAAACUUGAAAAAAAAUGUCUGAUGCGUUUUCUCUGUGCUUCUACUUCUUAUGGAAAUUUAGCAUUUUUAUUAUUUUCAUAAAAACGAUGACUCAAUGAAGCUUGAAAACUGCAUUGAGAGGCUACCGACCUGUUCGUACUGUCGGAAAUAAUGACUAAUUUUCUAGUUUUCGUGCGACAUCAAGUGGUUAAGUGUCAUGACGAGUAAUAGCAGGGUGUAGGCAAAAUUGCACGUUGGACGAUUGUCCGUAUUACGUAAAAAAAUAGCCAACGAGCGAUGCGCAGAAAAUUUGUUUGAAAAGGAGAAGAUUGUACAUUUGAUGCAAAUAAAGUUUUACUCGUUGAAUAUUUCA